AAAUAAAUAAAAGCAAAGACAAGUGACGAACGCCAUUUUCCAUUAGCAACAAGUGGAAAGAACUGGUCAACGACUACUUCCACUCCCCCCAACCCUAAUUCACACAAAUUGUCCUCUUUCAUUUGCAAUUCAAACCCCAAUUUUUCUCAAUAAUGUCAGUUAUACACUGAUUUCUCACUGAUUGUUUUCAAUUUUAAGUUAUUGAUUGAUGGAGGGAAAUCCCAGUGGUGGUGGUGGUGGAGGAGGAAAUGACGUGGAGUUGGUGUGCAAGACGUUACAGGUUGAACACAAGCUAUUCUAUUUCGACUUGAAGGAGAAUCCACGUGGAAGAUACUUGAAGAUAUCUGAGAAAACAUCAGCAACAAGGUCUACUAUAAUAGUACCAUUCAACGGCAUCACAUGGUUCCUCGAUCUCUUCAAUUACUAUGUCGAUUCAGAUGAACAGGAGAACGUCUUUAGCAAAGAGCUACAGCUUGAUACCAAGGUGUUUUACUUUGAUGUAGGGGAGAAUAGACGAGGGCGCUUUCUUAAGGUCUCUGAAGCAUCUGUUAGCAGGAACCGUAGUACCAUUAUUGUUCCAGCAGGAAGUGCCCAAGAUGAGGGAUGGGCAGCAUUUAGGAAUAUUUUGGCAGAGAUUAAUGAAGCCUCGAGGCUAUUUAUUUCGCCCAAUCAGCAAACUUCGGAAACCUCAGAGCGUCUUGGGCUUUCAGAUGAUGUAGGAGCUGGUUUUAUAUCCAGUCACUCUUCCCAAUCUGCCCCCACAGCUGAUUUGAGUGUAGAAAGGACCGUUGAUUUGCCAGCAGCUGAGGAAGCUGGUAACGUGGGGGUCUCCAAAGUAAUCAGGGCUGACCAGAAGAGGUUCUUCUUUGAUCUUGGGAGUAACAACCGGGGACAUUUCUUACGAAUAUCUGAGGUAGCAGGUUCCGAUCGCUCUUCCAUAAUUCUUCCCCUUUCUGGCCUGAAACAAUUUUAUGAAAUGGUGGGUCACUUUGUAGAGAUAAGCAAAGAUCGGCUGGAAGGAAUUACAGGUGCAAAUGUUCGGACAAUUGACUCCCCGCAGAGAUGAAUGCUGAUGACUGGUUGUCUGAGGCAUGGAACCAUGUACUGCAGCUGAUGGAGUGGACAACUGUGAUCCGUGUGUUAAUUAGUCAUUGCGUGUUUCAAGUUGAAUAAAAUGGUAUCUCUGUUUUAAGCUGGAAAUAUGAAGUCAAAUGUCAAUCAUCAAUAGGAGGGGAAAUAAGAGAAAUAAACCAUAAUGUAAGGUGAAGGAUUGUAGCAUAAAAUGUCAUUCUCGUAUUCAAGUUCAUCUUUGCUAUUUAGGUGUGAUUUAAGCUUCUCUGUGUGAGAAACUCUCCGCUGUGGCUUGGGCUAAACGUAAUCCAAAGUUUGGUUAUUCUGGAUUGGAAGCAGUUUUCUUUAUCA